AUGGAUAAUAAUCAAAGUCUACAAAACUAGAAUCCAAUCGCAGGCAAGUCUUCUUCCCCUUAGCCCACCUAAACCAGAAAGAUUCUAACUAAUAUUUAAGGUGGGGAUAAGGGCAGUAAUAAGCUUGAUUUAAAAAUGGCAAGUAACAACAUUGAAUAUGAGGACGAGGACGACUCAGAUGACUUAAAAGAUGAUAUUGAGGAUGUAAAUGCCAGCUAUAGUGAUUACUCUGUAGCCAAAAUCCAGUCCACUCAAAACUCAAGCAGGAGUGGCAACAGUUCUGGCAGUGGGAGCAGUGCCAAGCGAUCUAAGAAGAAAAGGUCAAUGUUCAACUCUCUCCUCUAAAGGUUUCAAAGAAUGAUGAAAAAUAAAAACAUCAAUAAAAAUGAGUAGCAAUUGAAAUAGGACCAAUAAAUAAAAUAAACAAAAGGAGGCAAAUAAAUGCAGCAAGACGAGGCCACUAAGUUUGACUAUGAUUUCCAAGAUUAGUUGAAGAAAAUUAGAGAAUCAUAAAAAAAUCAAAACAUCCCAGGGGAUGUAUAGACCAAGUAAGCUAAAAAGCAAAUCUUUAAGAUUGAUGAGGAUGAUACACCCGAUGGAGAUGCAUAAAGUGAUAGAAAUGAUUCAGAGAACCCAAACACUGUCACAGUUGAGGAGGAAUACAUAUCUUCUGAAGAAGACAAUCAAGAUAGCAAUAAUACUAAAUCUUAACUCUAGAGUACUGCUUAGAAAAAUAAAGCAGCCGAGUAGGAUUAGGAAUAGGAUGAAGCAGAGGGUGAAGAUGAAGAAGAUUAUGAUGAAGAGGCUGAAUAUGACGAAGAAGAGGAGGAGUACGGAGAAGAAUCUGAUGAUGAAGAGUAUGAAACUCUCUCUCAGUGUGUGCACAGGCUACCAUUCAAGGGGUAAAGAGUAAACUUACUUAACUUUGGGAAUGUGAUAGAGAUCGAGAAAGAUCAGCCAAAGUAAGUUUAGAAAAAGGGUCUCUUCUAGAACUGGUUCAAGAAAGAAGUCAAUAAAAAUGAACAUGUAAGAUUCUUGACUUUCUAUGAGAACAGACUUCUAGUGCUAAAAUCAACACCUGAACAAGUUAGAAGAUAUGGCAGUCACUUCAACAACUAAGAUCUUGAGAAAAUACAGAUGCCUAAGAUCUGGUGGAAUGCGCAGAUUAGAAGUAGCAGGGAACUCACUGCAUUGACGAAGAUUAGACUCCUAAACUAUAAACAAGUAUUUGGAAACUAAGAGGGUGGGUAAAGUUAAAAUACACCUGGAAGUAACCAAAUUAAAGCAACUGAAAACAAUAAUGGUCCAUAGAUUGUUAAGUUGCAAUUAGAAUGGAAGAGCUAAUUGCCAUAUAAAAACUUUGUGAUAUAAAAUGUUGAACAGAUAAGUCCAUCAGCUUCCCAGUUUAUCCAAAAAUCCAUAGUUAAAACCUAUCUCAUUGACAAAGAAAGCCUUGAGGAUUUCAUUUAUCAUCUUUAAAAAAGCCUUCGUGGUUAACUCACAAAGACUCAAAUGUUCCAGAGCAAGACUCAGUUCUACUCUGGAGACGGCACAGGUAGAGACACUUAUAUCCAAGGCAACAAUGGAGGAUUCUGUCCAGCAACCAUGCCCACUAAGAUCGAAGAACUAGGCACCUUUUAUUUCAUGAAGCAGAGAGCAAAGUACGCUUUACCCACUAUUCAUUCCAAGGGAGUCUAAUACAUUAACAACGGAGGCGGCAGAGACACCUACAUAUCUGACUCAGCUGGUGGUUUAAGAUCUAUGUAUUCACCAGCUCAGUUUAAGUCAACCUUCUACAAUAACUUGAGAGUUUAUGACAAAAGCAAUCACGCAGCAUCGAGGAGUCUGAGGUCUCACACAGCCACUAAGUCAUAGUAAAAUGACAUCUUCACUAAAAGCUAGCAGCACUUCAAUGACAAGUUCACUAGAGAAAGCAACUACAUCAGGAAUUACUAGAAGAAUCUAGACUUGAGAUUGAGCAUGCCCAAGGUACUGCAGGAGACUAACUCUGGCAAGGUUAUUAAAAACAGCGGAUUCGAUCAUAAACCCUUGAUUAUUGAGAGGCAAAAUUCAGGCGAUAGAAUUGAUCUUAACAGUUAUCAAAAGUAUAACAAUUGA